GAGCGGCCUUUUACUUCCGGUCUUUCCACGAGACGGACCACGUUUUCUUUCUGGCUUAGAAAUCCUCACUCAAAAUGGGUUUCGGGGACCUAAAAUCGAAGGCUGGCCAAGAGGCUUUAAACAAUUACCUCGCAGACCGUAGUUACAUUGAAGGGUACACCCCAUCUCAAGGUGACAAUGUUGUAUUUUCUGCAUUGUCCGGUGCACCUGGGGCUGGUCUUCCUCAUGCUCUCCGAUGGUACAGCCACAUUGCAUCUUAUGGCAAUGACCGGAACAGUUUUCCAGGCCAGAAGAAAGACCUAAGCACAUACGGCGGUGCAGGUGCAGGGUCCGCAGCAGCCAAGAAGCCGGCUGAUGAUGACGAUGACGACGAUGACAUCGAUAUGUUCGGAUCUGAUGAUGAAGCAGAUGCAGCAUUGGAAGCUGAGAAAAAGAAGCGGGUGGCAGAGUACGCUGCCAGGAAGGCAAAGAAGCCUGUACUGAUCGCCAAGAGUAACAUCAUCUUGGAGGUGAAACCCUGGGAUGACGAGACAGACAUGAAGGAUCUCGAGAAACAGGUUCGAACUGUCGCAACAGAUGGACUUAAGUGGGGAUCAUCCAAACUCGUCCCUGUCGGUUAUGGAAUUAACAAGCUGCAGAUUAUGUGUGUAGUGGAAGAUGACAAGGUGGGCACAGAUUUCCUGGAGGAGAGCAUUACAGCCUUCGAAGAUUUCGUCCAGUCAGUCGACAUUGUUGCAUUUAACAAAAUUUAACAUCAUUCUUAUAUUUUAAUACUGUACAUGCGUCCGUCAGUGCUAAAUAAAUGCUAAAACAAA